UUGUGCUUCCGGGUGGCGGGUUAGGCGCACGCUGUCUGUCACCAUGGCGAGUAACGCGGCCAACUUGAACGCUGUGCGGGAGACCAUGGACGUUUUAUUCGAGAUUUCAAGAAUAUUAAACACUGGCUUGGAUAUGGAAACCUUGUCUAUUUGUGUACGGCUUUGUGAACAAGGGAUAAACCCAGAGGCCUUAUCCUCUGUUAUUAAAGAAUUACGUAAAGCUACAGAAGCUCUGAAGGCUGCUGAAAAUAUGACAAGUUGACUUCAUGUGUGAAUAUCUGCUGAUGAGAGAAAUGUCAAGCUCUAGAGUUAGCAGAGGAUUUGAAGACUGGCUGCUGUUCAGAAACACUAAUUCUUUUCUGUAUCUGAAGGUUUUGGAACAUUCCUGUAAUCUUUUUUAAAAGGAAAAGAAUGAGAUACGAAAAUGUAAACAUCACGAGGAGUUUAGAAAUGGCUAUUGAUGGGAUUAUCUCAUGGUUCCUCAUUACUUACCACUUUCCUUUUUUCUUUUUACUAGUAGUGUUUGGAAGUAAUACAACUUACACAUGUUCCUUAUAAAUCGGAGGCUUCAUUUUCUAAACAGUCUGUCAAGUAGUGUACGAUCACUGAACGCAGCAGAAAAUGUAUAGAAACUUCAUCUAUGUUAAUAUAUUAUGUAUGACUUGUUAACUUUUCUAUUACAAAUGCUAAUGUUGAAUGACUUGUGCAUUACAGUUUAGAUGGUUUAUUUUGCACUGGUCUGAAAUUUUAAAAUAUGACUUCAUGUGUGCUUUUUAAUUAAUAAACUAAUUUAAACAUAUUCCCAAGUUUCCUGUUAACUAUACAACAGUGAAAAAUUAUUUUCACUUCACUUUCAAAAUGAAAUUUAACGUAUGGAAAGCCAAUUAUUUGGCAUAUCACUAAUUCAUUUUGUCAACUGCAUCAUUUCUUAUUUAAAAAUUGUGAAUGAGCUGAAUUCAGUCACAAAACAGCUAUGGAAUAUAUAGAUUUAUACUGAGUAUUGUAUUGAUUUCAUUGCUGCUUUAUUUAAUUAGAUUUAUAAUUCCAACCUUGGCAAACCUUUAAAAUGUAAAUAGUGUUACCUUCAUCCUAGUUAGUCUAAGUAUACCAGAGUUGCAUUUGAAGAAGGCCAAAUACCAUCUUUAAACAUGGUAAGAAUAUUGUGCUAUACAUUUGGAACUAUGUACUCCCUUCAAAGUAGAACAUUUACUGUUAUCACACUGGUUUUACCCUUUAUCCUUCUCUUUUUUUUUCUUUUCUUGUAUGUUUGUGUCACCAGUUCUUCUGUCAUCAAUUCCCGCACCUUUCUCAUUUUAUCUGUUAAACCGACCAACUGUGAAACAGUUAGUCCUUAUGAAGAAGAAUUUAGAGUAUUCCCAUUGAAAUGAGUAGGAUGCAGUAGAUUAUUCUAUGGUUUAUUGUUUCAAAUUGUCUACAGAGUCAGGAAGAUAGCCUUCCAAAAGUACAGCAAUGCAGUGUUAUUUUUGCAAUCUGGAGGCAUGGCGAGGGGAGGAAACUUGAUUUCUUGAAAAUAUGAAAGCUUAUAUGCUGUACAAUCAAAAUAAAUCAUUUAGGUUACAUGCAUUAAGCAGGCUUUUUUUUGUUUUUUCAACUGCUGCAUAAAAACAUGGAAAACAGGAAAAUAUGUUUGUUUGAAUAGUAAUUUGCAUAAUUUAAUGUUUGCUUCCAGUUGCCUGGGUUACAUAAACCUUUUGUUUUUUAUGUUUUAAAUGUAUGGAAUAAACUAUUAUAAUAUAAGACUUGGGGAAUUUAA